UCUAUGUGAAGAUGGCGGGUGCCUCCGACCCUCUGGAAGAUAUGCUCUUCUCCGAGGUGGAUGAAAAAGCAGUGAGUGACCUCGUGGGUUCCUUGGAGUCUCAACUGGCCGUCCAAAGCAACCAGGUAGCACCACAUACCGAAAUGAGGGGCGGCGGAGUCGCCAGCCCUGCCAAUCACCACUUAGGAAGAAUGCUGCCUGCCCAAGUGGGCACUAUACUACAGGAACAGCAGCAGCAGCAACAACAACAACAACAACAAGGGCAACAUAAAGCUGGGUUAAACCAGGAGUCCGGCUCGAAAGCACUUACCUCCGGGAAAACUGUGAUACCGUCUUCUCUCAGUUCCAUUCCAUCUUUUGAAGGAUCUUCCAUCACUUCUGGGAGCGGAGUAAACGCGAAUAGUAGCGGCUUACAAUCACAUGGAUCAGCCAGCAUCAGCACAACAUUGACUGCUUCUGGACUAGUAACUUUGCCGCCUCCGCUGGUAAGCAUUAAUCCUGGGAGUAGAGGUACGGUAUUGGGCACGUCCACGGCUGUCGAUCCGCUCAAAAAUCAUGCCGCUUCAGCCGCCAGGAGCGCUCCCGCCGCGAUACAGAGUUUAAAUGGCAGUGGUGGAGUCGUUGUGAACUCUAGUGCUUCUACUGGGACUCACUUCACCAGUGGUAGUGCUGCCAACGUACCACUCCUGAACAGUGUCGGCACAUCUGUGUCUAGUGCUGGCAACUCCAACUUGACUGUGGCCUCCGGUGUUUGCACGACCACCUUCAGCGCCGCACCUACGAGUUUCUCGCCAUCGCAGCAUGCACUGCAUCUGGACGGGACAGGAACUCCUACAAUCGCUCUGCAGAGACCUCCAGUUCAUAUUACGAAUGUUGCACAGAACGGGAAUGGCAGUCCUGUUGCUGCGCAUUUACAACAGGGUUCUAGGGCAGGUACCCCUUCUGCUCCCGUUACGCAGCUGGGUAAUCACAAGAGCACGGACGGUGCAAACACUAAAGCGGACUCUCCUACACAGGGCAAGAUUGUCGCGCCCAGUCAGCCAUGUGUGGUGAAUAACCUGAUCAGCACUACCACCUCGACAGCUGUUAGCAGCACUCCUACAACUCUGGCACAAACUUCGACAAACUCUGUGCCCGCUGCAGCGGCAAGCCCGGCGCCACUGACAACAAUGACGAAAUCUGCAGUGAACAUUGUGGCGCCCCCGUCAGCAACAUCUGUAGGAGUUGUUAAAUCUGUUGCCCCUGCAACAGUUGGAGUAUCUCCUACCCAGCCACAGCAAGUCCGACCUGGACCUGGACCGGCACCGCAAAGGAUAGUGACGCCACAGUUGAUUGUACGACCUCCUCAGCAGACAACUAUUCAGCUGCCUCCUGGUUUUACAAUACCACAAGGUAUGAUUCUGGUCCGAACAGACACUGGGCAGCUGGUAAUGGUUCCACAGCAAGCAUUAGCUCAGGCUCAGGCCCAUGCGCAGGCGCAAGCUCAAGCUCAAGCUCAAGCUCAUGCUCAAGCACAGGUUCAAGUGCAAAGUCAGGUGCACAACAGCAUCUCUCCUAGGCCAGCAGCACCUACCAGCGGACCAGCAUUUCGAAUGGCCUCAACACAGUCCACAGUGACCACUCCUGCAAUCAGACCGGGACUUACAGUGCAAACCAAAAGUGUUCAGCUCUCUGCAGCAUCUAGUUGUGCAACAUCCAAUCCUGCCUUACAAACGUCAUGUUCUGCAGUUUCAGUUCCAAAACCAACCCAGACUUCAGUGGCAGUGUCAGCAUCAGUGACCGCUCCACAGCCACCAGUUACAGUCAUUACAGGAUGUCAAAAUCCCACUCAGGGUCAACCACAGCCAGCUGUUCAGUCUGCUAUAUCUUCCCAGGUUGCACCAAGUACAGGAGUUACCAGUUCUCCAGCACCUGGAGUUUCUGUCAUUUCACAGGAAAUGCAAGAAAAUGUGAAGAAAUGCAAGAACUUCUUGGCUACUUUAAUCAAGCUUGCAUCUCAUAACUCCCCAUCUCCAGAAACAUCCCGUAAUGUGAAAGCACUCGUUCAGGAUUUACUGGAUGCAAAAAUUGAACCUGAGGAGUUCACAAACAGACUUCAGUCAGAAUUAAAAUCAUCACCACAGCCAUACCUUGUUCCUUUUCUCAAGAAAAGUUUACCAGCAUUGAGGCAGUCACUAUUAAACAGUCAACAGUCUCUGAUGCAAACUCAGCAGCCUCAACAAGUCAAACCAGUGCAAGUUCCUCAGCCUGCUUCCCAAACCACAUCUGGGACAGUCUCUGCUGUUUAUGCUGGACAAACUGUAAGAAUUGGACACCCCAACAGUGUAACUACAACUUUACCAAAUAUAGUGCAGCAUUCACAAGUCACUGUUCAUAGUCAAGGAUCUCAGUUGGCCAUUAAAAGACAGCCUACUCUACAGACUACUCCUGUUAGAAUGCCGAUGGUGAUUACGCAACCUCUGAGACCCCAAGGCACAGUUGGGAAGACACCAACAAUACAACCUAGUAAAAGCCCUGGGGGACUUACUGCUCAGGUCUCUACAAAUCAGAAAAACAAGCUCAAUGACCCUGGGGGUGGUUCUUUCAGAGAUGAUGAUGAUAUCAAUGAUGUAGCCUUUAUGGCUGGAGUUAACCUAAAUGAAGAAAAUGCUCGCAUUUUGGCAACCAAUUCUGAUUUAGUGGGGACUCAAAUCCGAUCCUGUAAAGAUGAAACUUUUCUUCCUUCUGGUCUCCUACAUAAAAGAAUCUUAGAGACAGCUAAACGGUAUGGGGUUACUGAAGUACCUGCAGAGGCUGUGAACUUCAUCUCACAUGCAACCCAGGAGCGAUUAAGAACAGUUCUGGAAAAAGUGACAGUAAUUGCUCAACACCGAAUUGAAACUUACAAAGAUGAUGAAUGGUAUGAACAAGCUACAGAUGUCCGGUCUCAGCUGAAAUUCUUUGAACAAUUAGAAAGAAUAGAAAAGCAGAGAAAAGAUGAACAAGAAAGAGAAAUUUUAUUAAAAGCUGCUAAGAGUCGCUCAAGGCAAGAAGACCCUGAGCAGGCUAGGCUGAAACAAAAAGCGAAGGAGAUGCAACAACAGGAACUUGCACAGAUGAGGCAAAGAGAUGCCAACUUGACGGCACUUGCAGCAAUUGGUCCUCGUAAAAAGCGCAAGCUUGAUUCUCCAGGGAUAGCUUCGGCAGGUGUUGAGGUGUCAGGUAACUCAAGUGGAUCUCAAAGUGGAACAGCAGCCUCCUCCUCUCGACAAUAUUCAAGACAGAGAAUAACUCGUGUAAAUCUCAGGGACUUCAUCUUUUACUUGGAACAGGAACGAGAAACAAGCCACUCUCUCAUGCUGUACAGGGCAUUUCUGAAAUAGGGCCAUUUUUUAUUUUAUUUUUUUUUUAUAAUUUUUUUUUUUUUGUUGUUCUUCCAGGAUUUAUUUAGGUAUUAGUUGCUGUCUUUUUUCAAUGUGCCUUCACAUAGGUUUUUAUUGCUCAGUCCAUGUAAUUGUAAUAUUAAAAAAAAAGUAUCCAAGACUCUGACACGCAGCCCUUCCACCACGACAACAACCCAUGUUUCUUUGCUGCAGGAGGGAAAGCACUGGACAUUUUCAUUUUUAAAAAUCACACAAAAUAUUACAAGAGGACAGGAUUCUACUUCUUCAUAAUAUUAUAAUUUAUUGUAUUGGUUGACCAAUAUAUUUAUUUUAAAUAAUUGUAUGAUUUUAAAAUGUUGCACCUCACCUUCAGAUUACAGUGUUGAUAGUGAAACUGUAUUGAUUGUGAAGACAUUUAAUUCCAUGAGGUUAGCAUCCCUAAAAGCCAUAAAUGGCAGAAUUGGUUAUUUUGAUUCUUAACUGGUUGUAACAUACCAAGAGGAGUAUUAUUGGUUUUAUACAGUAUACAUUUAUACUUUAAUAAUGGUUGCCUACAAAAUUUAAUUAAUUUUAGCAGAAGUUCAGAGCUUUUAUAAGUGAUGACAUGUUUCACAAAUUCUUUCUAUUUUCAUCCAUAAAACACACUUGAGUAGGACAAAAAAACAAUGAAAGACAAUACUCAACAUCAAUUCAUAAAGUUAUGCAGUGGUAGAGUCUACUGCUGUCUGUGUCAGCCUCACUCACUCACUCGUAUCUCUGUGAGAAGCAGGUACCUAAAUGCUGUCCCACUGCUGUCUUUCAUGAUUCUCUAAGGCCUGAAUUAUUAUUUAGAUUUUUUAUUUCUUCUAAAUGUUUGAAAUAAGUGACUAAAUCAUACACAUGAGAUGUUUGCAUGACAUUUCUAUUUUAAUUUAACCAUAUGCUAAAAGAGCAGAUUUUCUUGCCUUUUAUAUACUUAAUGAAAUGGAUUUAAUCGACAUUUUUGAAUUGUUUCUCUAACCUUUGCCCCCCAUUUGCACCCCAUGAUUGGCCUGCUUGCUCUUAUGCAACAACAGCCACUUUUCAGACAUGUCCUUCAUUUAUUUAUUAAAUGGCUGUUCUUUGCAGGUUCCAAAGGCAAUGUAUAUGUAAGAAAAUGUUUCAAAGCGUCAUACUUCAGUUUUAAAUAUUCUUUUAAAGGUAAGAAGGCUGUGUUUGUGAUGCACAUUGAGAGUCAUCUGUGUUGUUUGGAGCAUAUAACAGUAUUGUCUAUAACAGUUGAAGGGAAACAUUUUAUAAUUAUUUAUAAUUUCCUUUUUUACAUCUUUAAUGCUUGCCAUUUUUGAGGCAAUGCAAUUUUAUCUUGAAG